AAAAUAGGAGACCUUGGCUAUCGUAAUGUCGAGCGACCUCCAGGCUCUUUGCUCCUCUCUUUGCCCCGAGACAGACCCUCAUAUUCGGCCACUGCAGGCACCUUCAUGCAUGGAGCUUUUUUCGACGUGACAAUCAAGAAGGAAAUGGACUUUCAAGACAAUUAAAAGGACAACAGAGCAAAAAGAAAUAGAAACAACGUGCAGUGCAAAACAGUGCAAAUUGUGAGACUGUGAGUCCACUUGGGUCACGGGAUUAUCAAUUGGAAGGCGUCACAGUUCUGAGCACUUCCCGCAGGAAUCUACUUCAAGAAGUGAAAGAUCUCCUGACAGGAGUGCUCUGCUGUUUUCCAGUAUUCUACUGCAAAAACAUGAAGCAGGCAGAGGAGGAGUGAUGUGACACCUGGAAAGGCAGACGUUCCUGGGGAUGAUGAGGGAAGCAGCGGGACGACCUCCCAGGAUGCGUCUGGAAGCGCGUCCGUCUCCGCUGUGAGAUGCCUGCUCGCAGCGUCCCGCCAUAGUCCACACGCGCAGGAGGCCCGACUGGGGAGACGUGGAGGCGCCUGGGGGCGGGCAGAGGAGCUUUGUGGCGGCGGGCGCGAGAGGGAUGCUGUGAAAGAUGAAGGUGGACGUGCUGACGUGUCUAACGGUGGCCGCCGCGAGCCUCGUCGCCAUGGUGACCGGGGGCCGCAGCUCCGGGCGCAGGAGGCACAAGGAGGUCUUCCACGGGGAAAACAGCAAGUUCAAGUUUGGAGGACGGAUCGACUACAAGUUGAAGAAGCAGGACAGCACCAAAACACUGCUGAUAAAAAGUGAACAGCUGCUGAGGAUUGAGGAGCACGACUUUGCCAUGAGACCUGGCUUUGGAGGAUCGGCCAUCCCCGUGGGCAUCGACGUGCAGGUGGAGAGCAUCGACAGCAUCUCUGAAGUCAACAUGGAUUUCACCAUGACCUUGUACCUGCGCCACUACUGGAAAGACGAGCGCCUGGCCUUCCCGUCCCGCAACAACCAGAGCCGGACGUUCGACUCGCGGCUGGUGAAGAAGAUCUGGGUCCCGGACGUCUUCUUCGCCCACUCCAAGCGCUCCUUCAUCCACGACACCACCAUGGAGAACAUCAUGCUGCGCGUGUACCCCGACGGGAAAGUCCUCUACAGCGUCAGGGUGACGGUGACCACUCUGUGCUCCAUGGACUUCAGCAGCUUCCCUCUGGACACACAGAACUGCUCGCUGGAGCUGGAGAGCUAUGCGUACAACGAGAACGAUUUGAUGCUCUACUGGAAAAACGGCAACGACUCGCUGAGGACCGACGAGAUCGUCUUGUCUCAGUUCUUCAUCGAGCAUUUCCACCCCUCCAGCGGCCUGGCCUUCUACAGCAGCACAGGAUGGUACAAUCGACUAUUCAUCAACUUCAUCCUGCGGAGGCACAUCUUCUUCUUCAUGCUCCAGACCUACUUCCCCACCAUGCUGAUGGUGGUCCUGUCCUGGGUGUCCUUCUGGAUCGACCGCAGGGCCGUCCCCGCUCGCGUCUCUCUAGGCAUGACCACCGUGCUCACCAUGUCCACCAUCAUCACCGGCGUGUCGUCCUCCAUGCCUCAGGUGUCCUACGUGAAGGCGGUGGACAUCUACCUGUGGACCAGCUUCCUGUUUGUCUUCCUGUCCGUCAUCGAGUACGCGGCGGUGAACUACUGCACCACCCUGGAGGAGAUGAGGAAGAUGAGGGGGGGAAAGCUUCCGUCCACCUUCAACGCCAGCCAGGCCAUGGCCUUCGACGGCUGUUUCCACGACAACGAGCUGGAGCUGACACCGUUCCCCCGCCUGGCUCAGGCCCCGACCUCUGACCCUCUCACGGCGCCCUCGCCGCUGCACAACACACGCCCCCCGGCGGGGAUCCGCCUGCACCGGCAGCGCUCGGUGCGGGAGAACGUGGACCUCCUGGUGAGCAACAGCUACAUGAUUGACUCGUACUCCCGCCUGGCCUUCCCGCUGUCCUACCUCCUCUUCAACACCAUCUACUGGGGCCUCUACUCCUGAGCUGGAGUACCUGGAGAUAACACCCAAACUAAUCAUCCACAAAUGCUCCAACAGAGAUUUUAAAGUGGAUCUUCAGACUGUGAGCCGGUCACCAUGCCAACCAGAUUACACUACAUGUCAUUUUUGUUCAUACUUGAAUAUUCUCAUUUUGAGGGGGAAUUACGCAACUCAAAUAAACCUACUUUUUCAAAAAGUCUUAAUUUUCUUUCUUUCUUUUAGUUUAUUUCGAACAUGAACAUACUUACAGUGUAAUACAUCACACAAUUUCAUAUCAUUUCACUUUACAUCAUGUCUGAAAAGGAGUAGGAAGAAGCAAAGCUUAUUUAAUCCUCCCCCUUUCCCACUUCAGAGCGUUUACAAUUAUAUAGAAUCAUUUACUGACCUUUUUAUAUAAUAAAAUAACAUCUGUGAAUUAGUAUACACAACCGUUUUGUAAUAUAUAAUUUAUUAAUUCAGUCAUUAUUAACAUACUGAGAUGAAGAAUAUCUUAUUUUCAAUAAGGUUGAAAGUAUUUCUCAUAAUUCUUCUUCUUUGUACUUUGUAAGCACUAUUAUUUUGAACAACCUCUUAAAGUGGAUCAUAUCAGUACAAUGUUUAACUUCAUUACUUAAUCCAUUCCAUCAUUUAAUUCCACAUACAGAUAUGCUAAAGGUUCUAAGUGUUGUACGUGCAUACAAAUGUUUUAAAUUAUUUAUUCCUCUAAGGUUAUAUUUCUCCUCUUUAGUUGAGAAGAAUUGUUGUACAUUCUUUGGUAGCAGGUUAUAGUUUGCUUUGUACAUCAUUUUAGCUGUUUGCAAUUUUACCAAAUCACCAAACUUUAAUAUUUUUGACUUAAUAAAUAAAGGGUUUGUAUGUUCUCUAUAUCCAACAUUAUGUAUUAUUCUAACUGAUCUUUUUUGUAACACGGUUAGCGAAUGUAGCGCACAUUUGUAGUUAUUUCCCCAUAUUUCUGCACUAUAACUCAGAUAUGGUAACACUAGCGAGCAGUAGAGAAUAUGAAGUGAUUUUUGGCCUAGGACGUAUUUUGCUUUAUUCAUUAUUGAAAUGUUUUUUGCCACCUUAUGUUGUAUGUUUUGUUUAUGAGAUUUCCAGUUCAUUUGAUCAUCUAUUAAUACUCCCAAAAAUCUUGUUUCUUUUACCCUUUCAAUGUUUACUCCGUCUAUUUGUAUUUGUGUAUGAUGCUCUUCUCUACUGUUACCAAAUAGCAUUAUUUUAGUUUUAGUUUUUAUUUUAGUCUGUUUUUGUCGAACCAUCUUUUUAAUUUGUUCAUUUCUUCUGUUAUUUUUUUGUAUUAUCUUCUGUGUGUUCUCUCCUGAACAGAAAGCGGUCAAUUCUUUUCACAUGUUCUUCAAAGUGCUAGUAAAAAAUGUGGCAUAUUUUAAAUAAACUCGGUUGGUAAAUACAAAACUCCAGCGAUAUCAUUGUUUACGGCAUUUAAAAACGAUUUGCGGUCAUUACUGUUGCCAUAGUAGCUCAUGGCAUUUUUUU